GGGGGCGCAGGUGACAGGAAGGGGCAAGUUCAGCGCGGGGGAGCGAGGGCCUGCGUCACGUGACGCGGGCCAAGAUGGCGCCGCCCGCGGCGGCCGCGGCCGGCGCCUGGCGGAAGCGGGACCUCUGCAGCUCCCCCCAGGCCCGGCGAUGCCGAUGAUCUCCCCGGCGCCAUGCUCCUCGCCUCCUACUCCGCCUGUGCCCUCCUCCUGGCCACCUGCCUGGCGCUGGAGCUGGCCGCCUGCCGCUCCCGCCCCCCCGCCGCCCUCCACCAUGCCAACCCGGCCUUCCGCCGCUUCCAGCGCGGCUACUACCGUGUCUACCUGCUGGCACUGGCCGCCGACUGGCUGCAGGGACCCUACCUCUACAAACUCUACCAGCACUAUCGCUUCCUGGAGGGACAGAUCGCCAUCCUCUACGUCUGCGGCUUCGCCUCCAGCGUCCUCUUUGGGUUGGUUUCCUCUUCCUUAGUAGAUCGAUUGGGUCGGAAGAAAUCCUGCGUCCUUUUCUCCUUGACCUAUUCGAUUUGUUGUUUGGUCAAACUCUCCCGGGAUUAUUUGGUGCUGGCGGUGGGGAGGGUUUUAGGGGGGUUGUCUACAGCGUUGCUCUUCUCCGCCUUCGAGGCAUGGUAUGUCCACGAGCACGUGGAGCGGCACGAUUUUCCGACCGAGUGGAUCGCUGUCACCUUCUCCCGGGCGGCUUUUUGGAACAACAUCAUUGCUGUGGGGGCUGGGGGGGUGGCCGAUUUCUUCGCUGAGUGGUUAGGGUUGGGCCCAGUGGCUCCGUUCAUGGUCUCCAUCCCCCUCCUGGUGUUGUCGGGGGUCUUUGCCGUGAAAAAUUGGGACGAAAACUAUGGGAAGAAACGAGCUUUCUCCAAAACCUGCGGCGACGGUUUGAAGUGCCUCCUCUCUGACCGGCGCGUCCUUCUCCUGGGCACCAUCCAGGCUCUGUUUGAAAGUGUCAUCUACAUCUUCAUCUUCCUCUGGACCCCCGUCUUGGAUCCCCACGGUGCUCCCUUGGGCAUCGUCUUCUCCGGCUUCAUGGCCGCCAGCACUCUGGGCUCCUCGCUUUACCACCUGGCCGUCUCCAAGAGGUACCACCUCCAGCCCGUCCACCUCCUCUCCCUCGCCGUCCUCCUGGUCUUCUUCUCCCUCUUCAUGCUCACCUUCUCCACCAACCCCGGCCAGGAGAGCCCCACCGAGUCCUUCCUCGCCUUCCUCCUCAUCGAACUCUCCUGUGGGCUCUACUUCCCGGCCAUGGGUUUCCUCCGACGGAAAGUGGUGCCAGAGAAGGAUCGCCUGGGGGUGAUGAACUGGUUUCGCCUCCCCCUGAACUUACUGGCCUGUCUGGGUUUACUGGUUCUCCACGACAGCGACCGUCAGACUGGCACCAGGAGCAUGUUCGGCAUCUGCGCGGCCGUCGCACUGCUGGCGCUGCUGGCUGUCGGCCGUCUCUUCGCCCUCAGCCGCCAUGAUGCCGAGCUCCGCCUGCCCGCCCCGCCGGGACAGGCCGACGCCGCCGAUGCCGUGCCCGAGCUGUGAUGGGGUCCCGUGACAGGUGUCGUCCCCCCUCCUCCCCCCCACCCCAAGGGACCACGAGGGGACGUGGGGACACCCUGACCCAUUGCUAUGGGGUGAGUGGCCCCCCCGGGUGGCUGGUGACCCCCAAAAUGGCCUGUUCCCCACUGCCUCUGUGGUGGCAGGGAGGGUUGGAAGCGUGUGGGGAGGUGUAUUCUCUCUUUUUUUUUUUUUUUUAAAAAACAAAACAAAUAAAAGGUGUUUCUGCAGAUCCCCACCCCCCUCCGCACAGUUAUUUGGGGGAACCUGCUCCAGAUCUGCCCCCCUGCCUGGCACGGGGGUCUGUGUGCGUGCAAGUUGCACACUGGAACCUUAUUGUCCUGAGCAGUGGUGUGCAGAGCUUGCACAAUCAUCCCCGGUGCACGGGGGCAGUUCUGUGCACGCUGGGGUUUGUGUUGCACAGUUGUCCUUGGUGCACGGGGGAGUUUCUGCAUGCACCGGGGUUUCUGUUGCACAACCAUCCCUGGUGCUCACAGAGGUUUCUGUGCACACCAGUGUUUGUGUUGCACAAUCGUCCCUGGUGCACAGGGGAGUUUCUGCGUGCACUGGGGUUUCUGUUGCACCAGCACGUGGCUGUCCCACUCUGCACAGAGCUGUGUCCCAGCACCUCAUUGCACGCUGAUCCACAGGCAGCCCCUCGCACACCACAUGGCACACCCCCGCCCCGUUGCACACUUGCCCGCACUCCAAGUGCUGUGUUGGGCAGCGAUCCCGGCACCUUGCUGCACGCCAGCAGCCUCGUUGCACGCUGGUCCUUGCACGCCUGGGGCACAGGCAUCCUUGCACACCUGCUUCCCAUUGCACAGGUGUCCUUGCCCACCAUAAAGCUGUUGUGUGCUAGUCCCUGCACACCAGCACCCUGUUGCACACUACCUGUGUGCACAUCACCAAUCUGCUGUUGCAUGGGGUCCCUGCACAUCCAUGCCUGUUACAUGGGUGCCCUUGCACACCCACACCCAUUGCAGGUGGAGGUCCCUGAACGCUAUUGGGGGUUUAUGCACGCCAGCCACUGUAACAGAGUCCGACCCUGUUACAGUCAUUGACUUCACCUUACCAGAUCUCCACUGGAAAUACAAUCCAGCGGAGAGGAAACAGUCCGGGAGGUUCCUGGAGCAUGUGGAAGAGACUCUCCUGACACAGCUGGGGAGGCACCCGGCUUGGGAAGGCGUUCCGCUGGAUCUGCUGUUUGUGAACAGAGAAGGACUUGUGGGUGAUGGGAUGGCUGGAUGUGUCUUGGGCACAGCGAUCACGAAAGGAUAGAGUUUUCGAUUCUCGGAGAAGGAAGGAGGGGGGCCAGCAGAGCUGCCACCUUGGACUGCUGGAGGGCAGGCUGGCCUGGUUGGCAGAGCCCCUCGGGAGGCAGUCCCGAAGGGCAAAGCGGUCCAGGAAGGCUGGACGUUAUGCAAGGAGGAAAUCUUCAAGGCGCGGGAGCAGGGUGUCCAUAUGUGCUGAAAGAUAAGCCGGUGGGGAAGAAGACUGGCCUGGCUGAAUGGAAAGCUUUGGCUGGAACUCGGGGAAAAAAAGGAGAGUUUAUGACCUUUGGAAGCAGGGGCAGGCAGCUCAGGAGGACUACAGGGAUGUCGUGAGGGUAUACAGGGAGAAAACUAGAAGGGCCAAAGCCCAGCUGGAACUUAAUCUGGCUACUGCUGUAAAAGACAAUAAAAAAUGUUUCUAUAAAUACAUUAGCAACAAAAGGAGGGCUAAGGAGAAUCUCCAUCCUUUCUUGGAUGCGGGGGGAAACAUAGUGACAAAGGCUGAGAAAAAGGCUGAGGUUCUUAGUGCCGCCUUUGCCUCAGUCUUUAAUAGUAAGAGCAGUUGUUCCCGGGGUACCCAGCCCCCUGAGCUGGAAGACAGGGUCGGGGAGCAGAAUGAAGCCCCCAUAAUCCAAGGGGAAAUGGUUAGCGACCUGCUACACCAUGUAGACACACACACGUCUAUGGGGCUGGAUGGGAUCCUCCCUGCCCCCAGGAUUGCCCCCAUCUUGAUGCCCCCCAGCCCCGGGGCUGCCCCACCGGAGCAUGGCCGGAGCCUGGGGAGAUGCGGAGAAGAGAGGAGAUCAUCACACGCAUCACGUGCAUCUUGCUGACUGCAGCGGAGAGCUGGAUCCGGAGCUUCACUUCAGUAGAAUUGACCCGACUCAUCUUUUUAAACUUACGUUCGUAAUUAGGAAGUAUUUUUUGCAACUGUAGGAUUGGGUUGCAAAGCCUGAUUGUAUACCGAAAUGAAAUUCUAGUGGAUGUUUUCCGCAGUCAAAUGACUGUAUCAUUAAUCUUGGUUACAUUCUAGUGCAGAAUCAAUGUAUUCGCCUUAUACUUUUCCUACUGUGCUGUGAUGUUAGUGAUAGGGACUAACAAACUGCUGGUUUUGGUUUCUGCUUUGGGUUUUUUGACUGUUUUUUUAUAGUGCUUGUCUAUGCCAGCAUCCUUAUUUCAUAGCGUCUUUUUUUAGAAAAGCAUGAUAAAAAUGCUGCUUAUUGAAUUUGGGUCCACCAACUUGUCCUGCUUUUUCCAUUUCUUCUUUUAGAAAUCGGCAUGUUUAUGUUUAUCUUAAAAGGGCCUUUCCAGACAUGACUUUGAAAGGUUGGAGUUUGUGGGUUUUUGUUUGUUUUUUUUUUUCUGUGUACUGUUCUGACUGGUAGGUGCUGAGUAAAUGGUGAAGUUUACCCUUUACAGAUGGAGUGCCGAAUUAGGGAGAGUAAAGGGGCAACUUGCUUUUCUGGUUGUAAAGGCACAGAAGACUAAUUACAGAGGUAUAAAAGGUCAUCAGGCUCAGUCAGUUUUGAAUUUGUGCAAAAUGGCAGUAAAUUCGGCCUGCAUAAAUGUAGGCGAUUCAGACAAUUAGGUCUUUAUCAGAUGUGGGCACUAUCUUGUUUGUAAUCAGUUGCAGCAUGAUGAGCUUUUUAGCCUUGUCUGUAAUGAAGUAGACUUGAUUAGAUAUCAUGAGAACUGAAAAUAUGAUACGCCUUUUGGGGGAUUUGAGAGACAGGGUAUGUAACUACUUUUUUUUCCUUCUUUGGUCUGAAAAUAUAAAUGGGGAAAAUGAUUUUUAAAGUUUGGUUGUCAAAAAGGACUUAAAGA